CUCGGCAGGAGUCAGAGGGGCCGGAGAUCAUCGCCUUGACGGAGAGGUCCGACGAGCAGAAAUUUCUCUGCCGGCGUUGACUGAAGAUUUUGCUUAAGAUCUGGCGCCAAAAAUUAGAAGAAAUGGGAAGCAGGAGUAACAUGAUUUUGAAUUUGGUCUCUUUAUUCCUUGUCUCCGUUGCAAAUGCUCUGUCUCAGGAACCAGAACUUGGUUCGGCUCGUGUCGUAUUCCAGACUAGUUAUGGUGAUAUCGAAUUCGGAUUCUUCCCUACCGUUGCGCCCAAGACAGUUGAGCACAUUUUCAAGCUUGUUCGUCUUGGUGGAUAUAACACUAACCACUUCUUCAGGGUGGAUAAGGGUUUUGUUGCUCAAGUGGCGGAUGUAGCGACUGGAAGGUUGGCCCCAAUGAAUGAGGAGCAAAGGAAAGUGGCCGAGAAGACAAUCGUUGGUGAGUUCAGUGAUGUUAAGCAUGUGAGGGGUAUUCUUUCCAUGGGAAGAUAUUCUGAUCCGGACAGUGCGCAAUCUUCUUUUUCGAUGCUUCUUGGUGAUGCCCCUCAUCUUGAUGGCCAGUAUGCAGUGUUUGGCAAAGUUACAAAAGGGGAUGAAACAUUGAGGAAACUUGAGGAAGUCCCGACUCGUCGUGAAGGGAUCUUCGUGAUGCCAACCGAGCGGAUCACGAUUUUAUCAACAUACUAUUACGACACUGAAACGGAGAGCUGUGAAGAGGAUAGAUCGGUCUUGAAAAGAAGGCUCGAAGCGUCUUUUGUUGAGAUCGAAAGACAGAGAAUGAAGUGCUUUCCUUGAUGAACUCGGCCGUAUAAUCUCAUGGAACGUUAAACCAAACAUGCAGGCAGAGUGAAGUGGUAGAGACAAAGAUUGCGACCGCUCUAAGCCAUUACAUAGUUGUUUCGUUGUCGGCAUCAUCAAUUUCUCCGGACACAGACCCGAGUUCUGAGUCGUUUGUAUUGUUCAAAGCUCGUUAAGAACAACACACGUGCUUGGUUCUUCCCCUGAAACAAGGGCAUGUCUUUCAUUAUUAACUCAAAAGUCUUUCAUUUCGUUGACUAUAUGAUUUCUGUUUCUCUUGUGUUU